UCCGGCCAACAUGGCUGCGUCCUUGACGGGCGUGUUUUGGUUUCGGUGAGGCGGUAAACACGCGAAUGUGCGGAGAGGGCGAGAGUCGACAGAGCCGAGAGGAGGGAAAAUGGAGAGACGACAGUUCGUCGCGUCUCUGGUGGCAGGAGGCUGCGCCGGGAUGUGUGUGGAUCUGACCCUGUUCCCAUUAGACACCAUUAAGACCAGACUGCAGAGUCAGCAGGGCUUCCACAAGGCGGGGGGCUUCAAGGGGAUCUACGCCGGGGUGCCGUCUGCCGCAGUCGGAUCCUUCCCCAAUGCCGCUGCGUUCUUUGUCACCUACGAGUGCGCCAAGUCCCUCCUCGGCGCCAGCGGAGCUUUCGCAGCGCCGCGCGCGGCACCUGUCAGUCACAUGCUGGCCGCCUCCCUGGGAGAAAUAACUCCACCGUGGCGAGGGUGGGACCAGCCAGCGGGCAUCUGCGCCACUCUGGGGCCUCAGGGGGAGGCGGGGCGGAGGGUCGGAGGGCGGCUCCGGGAGUCGCUCCGUGAGAUCCACUCGCUGUUCGCCGGCGUUUCCACGCCGAUGCAGGAUAAAUGGGGAAGUCAAGUCGCCAGAUACACGGUCGGCCUGAUGACCUUCUGCAGACCCGCCAGCCGCCGCACCUGCGUCGUGUCGCCUGUUUGUAGCUGUUUGUUAGCCGGCCAAGUCGCACUCUCACUGAAGCGGUCGCUCCCCUCAACACCCCGCUUUACGGCCAGUUGCCAUGUCGCCAUGGACCCCGGGAGGGUGGCGUGUUUGAUCCGGGUGCCUACAGAAGUGGUGAAGCAGAGAACCCAGGCCUCUCCCUCAUCCACCACCUACAGCAUGCUGCUGGCCACACUCAGAGAGGAGGGUGUUCGAGGUCUUUACAGAGGAUACGGCAGUACAGUUCUCAGAGAGAUCCCAUUCUCACUGGUGCAGUUUCCGCUCUGGGAAUAUUUGAAGGCGCGGUGGCAGCCUUCGUCACCACCCCUCUCGACGUGGCGAAGACCAGGAUCAUGCUGGCCAAGGCGGGCUCAGCCACGGCGGGCGGCAACAUCCCGAUGGUGCUCUGCGACGUGUGGAGGAGCAAAGGCUUUCCAGGGCUGUUUGCAGGCAGCGUCCCGAGGACGGCCUUCAUCAGCGCGGGAGGCUUCAUCUUCCUGGGAGCGUACGAAAAGGUCCGCCACACGUUACUAUAGCGGGGCUUCAGGGCGCGACCUCCCACCCCACGGCGGACCCUCGCAGCUUGGGGAACGCUACCAGCUCGGUUCCUGGUCCGUGUUCUCCAGGACGCUGCAUUCCUGGUGGAUAACGUGGAAAAGACAUUAGCAGUAUUUAUCAUUCCGUCCCGUCAUUUUGGAAUGGAUUUUGGAAUUAAAGACUCUCUUUUAUACUUCUUGUGAUAUUUCACCCUCCAGACUCCGGUCCUGCAAGCGUUUAAUGUCCGUUUGUUUAAUGUUUUAUCCAUACUUUUCGUCCCUCUGUUGAGCUCAGCCACCUGCGCCAGAGACCCACCCGGGAGACGCAGCGUUAUGUCACUGUGGUUACAUUCCGACUAGAGCAAAGCUGACCUCAUCCCCACCUACGAUGAGCGCCGUCCUUCCCCCUGAGACGCCGCCAACAAUGGAGCACUUUGUUGAGUUAACAAGCCUGUGGGGUCGAUCCGGAGGCUCGGCCGCUCCACAAGAGAUCCUUCAUUACAGCUGGAGGUCUUACCUGUCGUGACUUUAUUGUGUCUCUUUCCUGAGACAGGUGGGAGACACGGAAGGAGCUGAAUGUGUUCAUUUUACUGGGUUUAGUUGGUGGAAAAUGCAGGAUGUCCUCUGAAAGUCUGUUUUAAACAGAUAUGGGCGUAUUAGCAUUUAGCAUCAAAUUUGAGCAAGAAAUCAACUGCAGCAUGACCAGACCAUGAGUCACACCCACAAUGCAUCAGUUCGUACCUGCUGUUGUGCACGACGUGCGGUGCGUUCUUUCAUUGCCGAUGUUCUUUCGUUUCUGCAGAUCAGAUGGCGAUGUUUCGCUUCACGAUCUGCAGAUCAGAUCGUGAAGCAAAGUCCUUUAAAGUCCUAUUUAAGUCUUUUUUUUUUUUUUUGGAUUUGUUGAUCAAAAAGAUCAACCGGUCACAGACAGAUGGGCCUGUCUGUGUUUUCUCAGUCAAAUCGUCUUUGCUAAUAUUUGUUUGACAAUCUGAAAGGAGGCGAACACUUUCCCACGAUGCCAUAUCUCUGCGUCGAUAUGGCAACGCGUCUGCGUUGUGAGCUUGGUACCUGGCUCUGAUUCAGAUGCUGGGAUCCACAACUUUUUCUUGUGGUUCCCAUUCGGGAACCACAAGGUUUAAAACGAAUUAAGAUCAAACGUCUCGUUUUAUGUCAGAAUAAGAAGAAAAGAUUGAAUGUUUAUCGUUUAGUAAAUGGAAAUUAUUUUGAUCAUCCUACUGGAGAGAUUUAACCUCUAUGUCCCUGCUGCCAAGCAACAGUAGUCGGUGUGUGAUUGUUGGAGGCCUGGUGGUGGAGGCCUGGUGGUUGGAGGUCUGGUGGUGGAGGCCUGGUGGUUGGAGGUCUGGUGGUUGGAGGUCUGGUGGUGGAGGCCUGGUCAGUCAUCCAUCUGGAAUGUCCAUCCUGAGCCUGCAGUCAAAAGCAGAAACUUCCAACGGGCCGCGGCGAGGACGGGGCACCGGAAAAAAAAAAACCCAAACACAAUGCCUGCUGUCUUUGGAGCGGCGAGGAGCCAGGAGAUAUUUCCUGCUGGAGGUUCAGCGAGCGCAAAGUUUGAACUGAUGACUUCUCCAUCAGAGGAGAUGAGGACGCCAAACGCCAACUCAGCUCUUAACAUCGCCACGAAACAGGAACAAAAAAAACGACAAACAGGCACAACAUCUGUCAUCAUAGCAAAAUGUGAUUUUUAUUAGACACUUCAAUGCCAUGUUAGACACUUCACUGUUUUAUUUUUAUUAUUUAGCUUUGACAUUGGUACAGACGCUUUGCUUCAAUAAAUUAGUCUCAGAACAUGAACUGCA